UCCCCUCGCUCCAGAAGGCUGGCAACCCCCCAUGUCUCAUCCAGAUAUGCUAGUUCUCAGUCUCCGAGUCAGGAGGACUUUACUCCUCUCCCUUCAAUCAAUGAGCGCUUGGCCUUUCUCCGUCCCUCCCGGGAGCUGCUGGAAUACUACCGCAAGAAGAUUGCUGACUUUGAUGAGGAACAUGAGGAUUUGGUAAAAAGGCUGGAGAGAUACAAAGAAACAUAUGAUGAGCAGCACAAAUUGCAAUGGGAAGUACGUCAGCGAGAAGAGGAGAUUGCAGAAUUGCAAAAGGCUUUGAGUGAUAUGCAAGUCUACCUCUUCCAGGAGAGGGAACAUGUCCUUCGUCUUUACUCAGAGAAUGACCGGCUGAAAAUCAGGGAAUUGGAGGAUAGAAAAAAAAUUCAACAUCUCCUGGCUUUAGUGGGAACAGACAAAGGAGAAGUUACAUAUUUUCACAAGGAGCCUCCACAUAAGGUUACUGUUCUGCAAAGGCCAGCUAAAUCCAGAGUCUCGCACGAACAAAAUGAUACUUCUAGAACAGGCACCAAAAGGAGCGCUUCAAAACCAGCAGCAAAAGGAGAGAAACCAGAAAGUCCUGAGAGAUAUCAGAGAGAAAAUCAAACACUUCUACUUCAG